CUUUGCUGGCCAUUACGUUAUGCUUACUCCAUACACACAGGAGGCAUCAGGCAGCUGGAGAGAGAGGGAAGACGUAAUGGUUUGAUUCCCUGUGCACUUGCAAUGGUCGUCGUCCUGACAUUACUCGGCAGAUUCCUCACACGGGAGGUUCAAUGAAGGCGGGGGCCUCGUCCAUGUGGGCAUCAUGCUGCGGGCUGCUGAACGAGGUGAUGGGCACGGGCACGGUGCGGGCGCAGCAGCCGGGGUUCGGAGCAGGGGCCGGGCCCUUCCGCUUCGCCCCCAGCGCUGGGUACUCCACCUACCCCCCCACCAACUCAGGGAGCGCCGGACAGCUGUGCAAAGCCUGCGGACUGGCUUUCUCUGUCUUCAGACGCAAGCACAUCUGCUGUGACUGUAAGAAGAGUUUCUGCGCCCUGUGCUCGGUGCUGCAGGAGAACCUGCGCUGCUGCACCACCUGCCACCUGCUGCGCGGCACCGCCUUCCAGAGGCCGCGGCUCAUGCAGCUCCGUGUCAAAGACCUGCGCCAAUACCUGCUGUUGCGCAAUAUCCCCACAGACACGUGCAGGGAGAAGGAGGACCUGGUAGACCUGGUGCUGUGUCAUCAAGGGACGAGGGAAACCCCGAGACCUGUGAUGGAGGAGGACGAGGAGGACGAAGACGAAGAGGAGGAUGAGGAAGAGGAGGAGGAUGCACAUGAGGAGGACGAGGACGAGGAAGAGGAGGAGGAAGAGGAGGGGGAGGAUGACGGGGGCGAUGACGACACAGACAGUCUGCACUCGCUCCCCAACUCGCAGCCGGCGUCGCCUCCCUCCGCCACGCGCUCCGCCUCUGAACAGUCGGUGCUCUCCGCCUCUCAGGGAGACGUGCUCAGCCCCAGUGACAGCUCAGGGACCACCAGCCAGGAGCAUGAGGACACUCCAACAGCAUCUCUCUUAAAUCUGGAGCCCACUGAAAACAUGAUGGAGGUCAGUCCGGCGACACAGAGGCGGAUCCGGGCCUCACUGUCUGAUCUGGACAACGAGGAGGCGAUAGAAAACCUCUCCGUCCGCCAGCUCAAAGAGAUCCUCGCCAGGAACUUUGUCAAUUACUCCGGUUGCUGUGAGAAGUGGGAGCUGCUGGAGCGAGUGCACCGACUCUACAGAGAAGACAAGCUGAACAGGAAGUCCAUGGAAAAUGUCAGCAUAACAGCAGUGGUUGCAUAUCCUCCACCUCUCUGCAACAGUGGAGUUGGAGAUGGAGUCAAACCUCAGCUGACGUUGGACGAAAACUUGUGUCGUAUCUGCAUGGACGCCAUUAUCGACUGCGUGCUGCUGGAAUGCGGUCACAUGGUCACCUGCACCAAGUGCGGAAAGAGGAUGAGCGAGUGUCCCAUCUGCAGGCAGUACGUGGUGCGGGCCGUGCACGUCUUCAAGUCUUAAAACUCUGUGUGUGUGUGUCUGUGUGUGCGCGCCAGAAAGGAACUUCUCACUGAGGAUGAACUACUGUGCAUGACGUCUGGCGGAGUCUGAUGCUGCAGCAGGCGUGAGGUCUCUGGAACCAGACUGUUGCCUCUUGCCUACCACAGUUUGUUCUCCUUUACUAACUCGUGUUCCCAUUCCACUUCUCCUCCUCCUCCUCCUGCUGCACCGGGACCCUCUUUCUCAUCGGUAUGAUAAAAACACAGCAAAACUCCCUGCCAUCACUUCCUGCUCUCUGUUCUCUGCUUAGUUUUACUCACAGGAGAGGAGAGGACAGGGGAAGUAGAGGAGAGGAGAGGAGGUGGUCCCGUGGACACUCAAGGAGGAUUGGGUUGUUCUGUGCGGCGGGAAGAAGCAGUGUGAUAAAAAAAUAUAAGAUCCCAGGGUUAGAGUCAAUAUGGUUUACACAGUCAUGCCACAUGACACCGUAUUAUCUCCCUCAGUGUUCUUUAGGGUGUGCAAUACCAGAAAAAAGAGACUUCUGUGUUUUUAAAGAAAACGUCUAUCUGUAAAUCUGAUUACCAUGCACCUUUAGUCAUCUCGUCUAACACACAGGAGGGUGUAAGGUGCCAAACGUCAUGCCUUUUAUCCAUAUUUGAUUAAGAUUUCACAGUUUAUGCAUCCAUUUACCAGCAGGCUUGGUUUGAUAGUUUACCCUUUAUUUAACUUCUAGAGACAUAAGGUGUGUUCAAGUGCAUAUUUGAGCACUUUCUGUGUGAAGGAUGUGAUUGUUUUGGCAUUUCAUUCAUUUGAAGUGCGCAGAUAUUAUUCCUGAAGAGAAAGUGACCAGCAGAACAACUGCAAUACAUUCCUGUAACAUUCAAAGAGGAGUUAAAGUUAAGAGGUCAGUGCUGUACGAUAAAUGAUGAAGUAUUAGGACCACAUGGGGGAAAAAAGAGAUUGAAGAAAUAAAGUUGUAAAGCCAUGAAGAUAAAGUUGUAAUAUUUUGAGAACAGAGUCAUAAUACAACAAGAAUAAAGCCAAAAUUAAAGUCAUACUUUCAGGCUAGGGUUAGCCUCAGAACAGCAGCCAGUUGCAUGUGUGAAAAUGAGAAGUGAGGAGCAUCUUGAGAAAUUCUACUUAAUUUAUAAAUGUAUGUAUUUAUUCAGAUUAUUCAUGAAUGCCUUAAUAAGACCAUUGGACCGUGAGGGAUAACAUGCAGCAAAGGGCCUUGGAUUGGACUUGAACCCAGGCUGUAUGUUUCAAGGACUACAGCAUCUGGAUAUAUGGUGUGGGAUUAACUGCUGGGCUAACAGCUCCCCCUCCCCCCUUUUUUUUUAAACUGGGGCGCUAUCUGACCUGUAUUAGAUGAGUUAGCUGAAGAGAGACAGGAUACAUGGAGAGUAAAGAGUGGGUGAUGACAUGCAGUAAAGGGUCGAGGCCAGGUGUUGACUCUGCGACUGAUGCCACAAGGACUACAGCUUCUUUGCAAUAGGUGCACGCACUCUGAGGUCAUGCCAAGGCACUUAUCUCUGAUAUAAAUGGUGUCCCUGACACCAUGUGAAUUGUUACAACCGAGGUGACUUUUAGGGGUUAGGGGAGGGAGCACGACUCCGGCAUCCCUGAAGUUAUAGCCUACUUAAGUUGAAGUUUUGUAAGUAAUUGAAUAAUCUUUUGGCACGUAAGCACAAGUUUGUCACUGCCAGGACACUGAAAAGGUUGUGCAAUAUUAUGACGUUUGUCUCAAAAUUACAACUUUAUGUUUGCAAUGUUACAACUUUAUUCUCAAAACCUCUUUAAUGUGGUCCUAGAAGAGUUGUAGCUUUAAAACAGCAGUCUGACUUAGAAAAAAUCCAGACUAAAGGCUCCCUUACAGACUCGAUUUCAAAAUGUAGGCCACUUCACGAUCUUCUUCAGCAGUGAGGUUGCUCAGAUGUCAGAGACAGGUCAGCUCACACGGGUCACAUAUGAUUGUGAAUGAUUGCCUGGAACGGCUUUUCAAAUAACAAACAGCAUGCAGCUGAAAGCUCCGGAGAAAGCAUGUAAGUGGACCUUAAGUUCGUUUUGGUGACAGUUUCAAAUUCAUCUUUCUAACAAUAACUCCUCUUUGACUUUAGACGACACCCACCAAGCAAUACCAUGUAGUUUCCACUUCUACCAAGUGUCUUUCUUUGGUUGUGUUGUCCGUUACUGUGUUGAAUCCUUGGUAGGUAACGGGUGCUACUUCCUCUUUGUCUGCGUUUAACAUCGACAUACCUGUAGUCAUGGCAUCCUGACGUCAUGCAUUGAGAGGUAGAGGAAGCCUGGUUUACUUUAACCUGUUAUGCAAACUAAACACUUUUGUUUUCUUGUCUUGACAUCCAGUUUACUCAGACGUCACUCAAAUAUCUGUGUACAAUAUGCCUGUGGUAAAAAAAAGAAGCUGUUAAGUGAAUUGCAUAGAUAGCUUAUAUUGUUGUUUAUUUAUAAGUUAUUAAAUGUAUAUUUUUCCAUCUACUUUGGAGAUGACAUGAUUUGAGAUUCUAAUAAUUACUAUUGAGGUUUAGAAAUAAAAGAUGACUUUUUCAGAAUGUAUUGCUGCUGGUGUGGGUUGGAUGAGUUCCUCUGAUCGUGUCACUCUCAUCAUUAAACUUGCGGCAGUCACGGUUUUUGGUUUCCAGCACUCUUUUAUGUCGUCGUCAUCGUCGUCGUCUUCUGCUUCAGAUCCCAACUAGACACCGACACCAUGCACUGUAACAAACACUGUAACUCUGUUAGUCUGUGUGUUGAUGCUGCUGU